AUGUAUUGUUCUAAAAAGAAAACCCUGCUGGCGUACGGAAAAAUGGAUCAAGGGAUAUGUUUAUUGUGUUUUUCUGUAGCAAAAGUAUUUAAUAUUAAAUAUACACACUUGCAAAAUGUGUACGAAGAAUUAUCAGGCAUUGAGGUUAUACAAGCCGACCCUCACCCGCUGUGCUACAUUUGCUACACAAAGCUUCUUCAGAGCCAGCAACUGUUGACGCAAAUACAAGAAAAUAGUAGAGCCAGUCAGACUGACACGAGACCUUUAGUACAACUGUCCAUGGUAGACAAUUAUGCCUGGUCUCUGCCACAAAAUUCUGCAAAAAUCCAGUUGCACCCCGUCACUAUUAAGGAAGAAAAUUUUAAAGAAGAAUAUGUAGAGGACACUGCUGUAGAAUUUGUGGAGAGUCCGGGUCGAGAAUCAAAAAGUCCAGCUAUAAAAGAAGAAUGUGCGGAAAGUCCAAGUCAUUACGAAGCCGAAAGUACUGGAGAGUCAGCGUAUGAGCAUAUUCCCACGAAGCCGACACAAGAUGACACAAAACAUUAUGAUUGUAAUGUCUGCAACAAAACAUUCAUUUCUACAAGACUUUUAAAUAUACACCACAAGCGAAUUCACCCUAAACUAAAACCUUACAAGUGUGAUGUUACUUAAACAGUCACAUACUAAUACAUUCCAAUGAAAAGCCUUAUAGUUGUGAUGUUUGUAGUAAG